CUAAUGGCAUCCAAAUCAUCAAUAUUGGCAUUGGUAAUCAUCUUUACGCUCGUGGUGGGCUCUAAUGCAGGAGGUAUAGCAAUUUACUGGGGUCAAAAUGGAAACGAAGGCACAUUAUAUGAGACGUGUUCAACUGACAACUACGCCUUUGUGAUCUUAGAUUUUUUGCCCAUAUUCGGCAAUGGAAAAAAUCCAAUGUUGAACCUAGCUGGUCAUUGUGAUCCAUACUCAAAUGGUUGUGUUACUCUAAGUGAUGACAUAAAGUCAUGUCAAGCAAAAGGUAUUAAAGUCAUACUUUCAAUUGGAGGGGCAUCUGGAAGUUAUGGUCUUGCUUCAUCUGAGGAUGCUAGACAAGUCGCGACGUACCUAUGGAAUAACUUUUUAGGAGGGAAAUCAAGUUCUCGUCCAUUGGGAAGCGCCAUAUUAGACGGGAUAGAUUUUGAUAUUGAAGGUGGAAGCAGUCAGCAUUACGGUGAACUCGCAAAAUAUCUUAAGGGUUAUAGCAAGAAAGGUAAGAAGGUAUACUUGACUGCCGCACCACAAUGCCCUUUUCCCGACGCAUGGAUUGGAGAUGCACUAACCACGGGCGUGUUUGAUAAUGUUUGGGUUCAAUUCUUUAAUAACCCACCUUGCAAUUAUGCUUCUGGCAAUGUUGGUAAUCUUGAAGAUGCAUGGAAGCAGUGGAAUACGUCAAUUCCAGCGACUAAAAUCUUUCUAGGUUUACCUGCCGCUCCUCAAGCUGCAGGGAGUGGUUUUAUUCCUUCAAAUGAUCUUACUUCUACUAUUCUUCCAAUGAUUAAAGACUCCAAGAAGUACGGAGGUGUUAUGCUUUGGUCCAAGUACUAUGAUGAUCUUACAGGCUACAGUUCUUCUAUCAAAAGCCAAGUAUAA